UUUUCUGAGGUAUUCAAAUUUAUCGAUCCAAACAAUUUUGGCCUCCGUGUGGCCGAUCUGAGUUGGCUUUCCGAGUCCGUGAGUGCUGCUUUUGAGUCGAAAUUACAGGUAGCAGUACAUGCGAUUGGCGAUGCAGCAAACGAUGAUGUACUGGAAUUUACACUGACGCUAUUUCUAAACAUCCUCGUCAAGGACAUCGAUUGAGAGUAGAGCAUGCACAGCACCUUUCACCUGGAGCGCACCUCAAAUUUGGGAAGUUCUCCAUAUCUGCAUCGAUGCAACCAGAGCAACUUCUAGAUGAUGCUUACUACGCCGUGAAGGAACUUGGUGAGAAGCGCUCACGCGGAUCUUAUAACCUCUGCUCCCUCCUCAGAAGCGUGGUUGCUUUAGGAUCCGACUGGCCUGUGGUAGCAGUGAAUCCACUUGGAGUGGUCCGUGCAGCCGUGGAGAGAACACCUGCAGGCUGGAGUCAUCCCUGGAUUCCCGAGGAAAGGAUUUACAGGUACACAUCCUUGGCUGCGUAUGCAGCUGCAUUGGAGGAUUUGGUUGGGUCACUGACGCCAGGAAAGUUUGCCGACUUUGUGGUGUUGUCAGAGUCUCCUUUUGCACAGGGCACGGGCAAUUUUUCUCGAGUGGUUGCUACGUUCGUUGGUGGAAAUAUUGCCUUCCUUUCAAGGCGUUAUGCCAAACUCGGUAAAUUAUUUCGUUAAUUAUAUUUGCGAGAAGAUGGGUGAGGAGAAAGCAGCCAGAAUCAUCAAGCAGUUGGUAAAGACCCUCAAAGAGAUGCAUUUGAGGGGCGUGGUUCAUUAGGAUCUCAAGCUUGACAACAUUCUCUCCAAGCUAAACAUGCGCGACAAAGUGGAGAUCAACAACUUUGGCAUUGCCACCUGAGGUGGAGAACAAGGAUGGCAGUUUCUACAUGGCAGCGGGGACUAGGAGCAAUUUUAUAUGAGAUGCUGGGAAAGGGAGGAGAUCUCGUGUGAUAAGGGGUGGUCCUUUCUCGUUUGUAGAGGAGGAUCUCCUUUCUAAGAUGCUGGCUGUGGAUCUGAAAUAGAGGUUGACGGUCGAUCAGGUUCUGCAACAGCCAAGUUGGAGUGGUGUGAAAAGAAGUGCUCCUGGCCUGGUCAUGAAGAAAGUUCAAGCGGCUUAAAAGUGAAUGCCAGUAAUAAACUAACUUGCUAUUUCCUA